GCAGCCACCCGUGUUAUAUGGCUCUUUUCGAAUAGUUCGAAUUUUUCAUUCCCAAACGGUGGGAAGUGCCUACUCUUGGUCGGGGGUUAUUUUCAUCAUUGAAUCAAUUUUACUCACUUUUCGGGGCACGUGCCAAGUUAUUCAGUAAAAUAGUAAAGAAUAAUUGAGAAUUUCCCCUGUUUACUUGUGUUCCUGUUCGACUGAUCAAGAAUUAGAUAAAUAAUGGUUUUGCAACGUUUUUUAAAACCCCAACCCAUCUCACGAUGCCAUCAACAAUUCUUCAGACUGAAAUCAACCAAAUCAGCACCAGUGGUACAAGCUGAAAUGCCAAAAGUUGAACAUGAUCCUCCAAAAUACUCAGGACCAUCUUACGAGGAUGUUGUAAAAAUAAGGAAGGACCGAUUAACUCCAAAUAUAAUUGCUCACUUCAAAAAACCACUCCUGAUUCAUCAUGGGAAGAUGCAGUGGUUGUAUGAUCACAGUGGCCGCCGGUAUUUGGAUAUGUUUGCUGGAAUUGUAACCGUUUCUGUGGGACAUUGUCAUCCGAAAGUUAAUGAAGCAUUGAAAAAACAAUUAGAUACACUAUGGCAUACCACGAAUAUCUAUAUGCAUCCUAAGAUUCACGAAUAUGCAGAACGACUGACUGCCAAGAUGCCGGACGGUUUAAAGUGUGUUUGCUUUGUGAAUUCCGGUUCAGAAGCAAAUGAUCUGGCCAUGCUUAUUGCUCGUCUGUACACUGGAAACUAUGAGAUCCUUGCCCUCCGUAACGCUUACCAUGGAAUGUCACCAUACACAAUGGGUCUGACAGCCCAUUCGACAUGGAGAUAUCCCUUGCCAGCCGUGAACUCAGGCAUACAACAUGUCAUGAAUCCUGAUCCCUAUUUGGGAAUCUGGGGUGGAGCCCACUGCCGUGAUUCUCCUGUACAAACCACCCGAAGCUGUUCCUGUGAUUUUGAAUGCAAGGCUGCCAAUGAAUAUUAUAAACAAUUACGACAAGCAUUCGAAUUUUCGUUACCGCGCGGACGAGUUGCCGGCAUGUUCGCUGAGUCGAUUCAAGGAGUUGGAGGCACUGUUCAAUUUCCGAAAGGUUAUAUAAAGAAGGCUGCUGAUUUGGUACGAGCAAAUGGGGGGUUGUUUAUUUCUGAUGAAGUUCAGACUGGGUUCGGACGAACAGGAGAACAUUUCUGGGGAUUCCAGGAUCAUGAUAUCAUCCCAGAUAUCGUAACGAUGGCAAAAGGAAUAGGAAACGGUUUCCCACUUGCGGCCGUAGUAACAACACAAAAAAUAGCAGAUUGUCUGGGCCAAGCUUUGCACUUUAACACUUUCGGUGGAAACCCUAUGGCAAGUGCAGUAGGACUUGCUGUUUUGGAUGUAAUUGAAGAGGAAGAACUCCAGGAUAAUGCCCUUGAAGUAGGAACAUACUUCUUGAAAGGACUGGCUGAACUACGUGAUCGACAUGAAAUCAUUGGUGAUGUACGCGGUAAAGGACUUAUGAUUGGGGUUGAACUGGUACAAAGUAAAGACACAAAGGCACCAUUGAGUGCGCCACAUGUUUCACAAAUAUGGGAGACUUGCAAGGACUUGGGUGUGUUGUUUGGACGUGGUGGAAUUAAUGGAAAUGUACUUCGAAUUAAGCCCCCAAUGUGUGUAACAAAGGAUGAUGUCACAUUUGCAUUGGAUGUUCUAGAUAGAUCUAUAGCGCAAAAUACCAAGCAUGAUUAAUUCAUUUUAUCUGAUUUUUUGGUUUGGAAGUAUUAAAUUAAGUUGCGAAUGUAAAUAUAAGUUACUUAACUUCCAUUACAAUAAAGUGAAUGAUUUUUUCA